AUGGCGUCUCUAUUCUGCCUCCUUACCAUACUGACCGUCAUCAACCACUUAUUCACCUCAGCAUUAGCACAACUUCCGACCACCAGUACCCCCUCCGCACCAUUAGUUCCAUCUCCAACUCUCCCUCCAUUGCCAUCCCCUUCGCCACCUCCCCCUCCAAUGCCAACAUUAACUCCACCAACACCUCCUAAUCUCCUCAUGUCUGCUGAGAUUUUUCCCAAACCUUUUGGGGUUGGAGUAUACUCUAUUCGUAUAGGGCUAGGUAACCCUCCGCUCAGCCAAAAUAUGGUUAUAGACACAGGGAGUGACGUUACAUGGUUUGAGUGUAAACCAUGUAAUUGUGACCAAACCCCAGGACGCCUCGUAUUCGACCCACUAAAUUCCUCAUCUUUUUUCGUGGUACCUUGUGAUGAUGCCGCCUGUAAUCACUUCGGUUGCAACAACAAUCAGUGUCAGUACGAGGUGGACUACAUGGACGGCUCCUUUACGAAGGGCUCUCUUGUACUCGAGACACUCACGUUCGGAAGGACCACUCUUCUGAAUAUGUUCACCGGGUGCGGGCACUUGAACCAGUUCGGAGUGCCUGGAAACAAUGGCUUGAUGGGCCUUGGAGGUGGGCCAUUGUCAUUGCCGUCUCAACUUCGGCUCCGUGGAUUGGCUGACACGUUCAGCUAUUGUUUGCCGCCGGUUUCGAUUUUUGGGUCACCAGGUUGGUUGAAUUUCAGCCUUCCAGGUGCGGUGCUACCUGCAAAAACCGCAUGGAUCCCCUUGCUCCGCAACUCAAAAAUGCAGACCUUUUAUUCUGUUGAGCUCUCGGGCCUUGGGAUUGGAGACAUGCGACUGCCCAUUCCCCCAAACAGUUUCACAACGACAAAAAAGGGCUUUGGGGGAGUGAUUAUUGAUUCGGGUACAACGUAUACCCACUUACCGACGCCUGUUUACGAGGUUUUUCGUAACGCUUAUGUUGCAAAAACCGUAAAUCUUCCACGGCCCUCCUUUGUGAACUCCUUUUUUGACACGUGCUACAACCUAUCUGGCUUAGAGUCGGUUCAGGUUCCGAACGUGUCAUUUUUCUUUUCAGCCGGUCCAAUCCUGACGUUGAAAAGAAUAAACAUUCUAGUUAAGGAAGAAUAUGUUUUUGGGGAUCAGAGCAUUUUCUGUUUGGCAUUUGUCCCAAUCAAUGAUACUAAAUUCAUUAUUGGGAACACUCAACUAGCAGGAAUCCAGACGACCUUCGAUCCAGCUGCUGGAUAUAUGGGGUUUGGUCCGAGUACUUGUGGUACUCCAGAAAAUUCCCCACAUUGUCAUGGGCAUUGGCCUGCUAGGAGCAUAGCCUUAGAGAAUUCUCCAAAUCCAUUAUUGUUGUGCGAGAGGUGCGAUGGAGAAGAAGCUGAUGGAGAUGGAGAACGUGCGCAUACGUGCGACUGUGACGAACUUCCGGUGGUCCUUCAGCCGGAUGGACAAAAAUAA